AAAGGUACUCGGUUGAUCAGCUGCAAAGUUAAUAGACCUGCUUCCGUCCUUUCGGUGCGAGUUUAAUUUCCAUAAGGCAACGCCUGCCGUACGUGAAGAACACAUUCACGCUAGGAUUUUCAUCUGGAAUCCCAAGGAAGCUGACGCUAAGUCCUGCUCGUUAUCGUGUAGGAUACUCUCUGCAGUUAGGUGAGCUUUUUCAUGCCCCAUCAAGGUGCCCACAUUUUUUUGUACUCACUAGUCAAAAGAGAAUGGGAUUUUCUAUAGAGAGCACAAUAUUUAAAUUUUUCAAAAAAAAGAUUAAAAAUGAUCCUUUACGAUUAUUCCACUUAGAAACAUUCGCCAGAAUUUAGGAUCAAAAAGGUGGCGUAAUUCUGGUGGAGCUCUCGAAUUCUAGUUUUACUGAAAGUCUGACAGCACCGUUGUACAUAGCUGUAGUUAUUGAUCGCACCGUGUUUUACUCAGACUUUUCUUCAAGAACAUGAUGCGACUUUUUGAAGUUUACAUCGAUCCUACGAUGCGUUCAGUACUCCACAAUUUCUAUCUAAAAGAAAUUUUUACUGAAGAACUUAUACGAAAUCAAAGUGAGUACACAGCAAAAAUUUUGAAGAUCAAGUUCCUCCUUUAAAUCCUUUCGGCAUAUUUCUGUCGCGAUGUUGAACUAUCUUCUUUACUAUAUUUCUGAAAAGUUAAUCAUGAGCCGUGAUAACUUUAGUGAAAGACAUUUUCAUUUCGAAUGAAGUUUUCUGUCCCCUAUGAUUCAAAAUCUGGUAUCAAUCUAGCAUCCUGUGAAUGCGGCGGAAUGGCUUAGCCCCAAUCCUCUCUGCGUCAAACAGAACCGAAAUGAUACUCGCUACAUCCUGAAAGUCAUCAACGAUAUUGAUAAAAUCCUAACCAUUCAAAUCUUGUUUAUUAUUUUUAUAGUAAAUCAUACUCGACCCGUUAUCAUUUUUGGACCAUUUAACGAAAUAAUAAAUGAUCGAUUAAUGAGGGAUAAACCAGAUAAAUUUGUCAAUUGUGUAGUACAUACCACUCGUCCUCGUCGCGAUAACGAAAUAAGUGGCCGAGAUUAUUAUUUUGUACCAUCUCGUGAACAAAUGGAAGAAGAUAUUCAAAAUCAUUUAUUUAUCGAAGCAGGAGAAUAUAAAGGAAAUUUAUAUGGAACAUCUAUGCAAGCUGUCAAAGAAGUUUCAGAAUCGGGUAAACAUUGUGUAUUAGAUGUGAGUGGUCACGCAAUCAAACGUUUAACGGUAGCCGGUUUAUAUCCAAUAGCUAUUUUUGUUAAACCACCAGAUGUGAAAUGGAUCUACGAUAAUGCGGGCACAGAUGCUAAUGAAGAGAGCGCACAAAAAUUAUACGAGAAAACAGUUAAAACUGAACAAAUGUUUUUGGAUUUGUUUACUGCUGUUGUUCAAGAAGAUACAUUGAACGAUGCCUAUGAAAAAAUAUGUCAAAUAAUUGAAGAACAAGAAAAUAUUGACUGUGUUUGGGUACCAGGAAAAAGAAAAAAAUUUUUGUAUGUAUUUCCUGAUCG